CCGCAAGUAUAUAUAGCAUUCGAGGACCCCAGUUUGAACAUAGUUUACUGCUUCAUCUCGUGCCGAACGGAGCAAAGAUCCAACCGUUAUUAAAAUGAAAUUCUUCAUCGCCAUUUUCGCCCUACUCGCCGUGGUAGCCGCACAGGAUGUAUACACCAGCAAGUACGACAACAUAGACGUAGAUGAAAUUCUUCGAUCGGAUCGGCUCUUCAAAAACUACUUCCAAUGUCUGAUGGAUGAAGGUCGUUGCACACCAGAAGGAAAUGAGCUGAAGCGCCUUCUGCCGGAAGCCCUCGAAACCAAUUGUAGCAAAUGUAGCGAAGGACAGCGAAACGGUGCCAUCAAAGCUUUUGGGUACCUGAUCGAGAACCGCCCGGAAGAAUGGAAAGCUCUGCUGGCCAAGUACGAUCCGGAAAACAAAUACAUCGAACAGUACCGCGAGGAGGCCGCGAAGAAUGGAAUAAAAUUGUAAGGAUGCUUGUGUCCCCGGUUCGUUAGUCUAACGUGAGCCUGUUAUCUACUAUGUAGUUCCUUUUAGUUCAAAAUGUUUGAAUCUUUAAGUUUUGAUUACGUGCACAGAAGGCUGCACUCAAAAUCGAAAAUCGAAAUGAAAUUGUUGUUAAUAUGCUUGAAAA